AUGUGGCAAGAUGCCGGACGAGGCUACGGAGGGCCCAUCGGCGCGGGCUUAGCGCGCCUGAACCCGGCGCGCUGGAGCCAGCUGCUGCCGGAGGACCAGGUUGUCGAUGAGCUGUGUCGUUUUUUGGGCACCGGAUCUGAAGAUAGGCCCGUGAGACUAGAAGUUGAAGUGGAAGGCCGGAGGAGAAAGAUCGAAGUGCCCAAUGUGCGAGAAGCCGUGAGGAAACUGCAAGAGCACGGCUACACGUAG